GCCGGAAGCGGCAGCCGGGCCGGACCGGCGGGCCCUGGGCGCCGGGGACCCCACGUGGGGCCGUACUCUCCGCGCCGCCGGCCCCCGAUCCAGAAAGGGGCGCCGAGGGGCGUCUGCAGAGGGCAUUGCGGGUGUCCACUGGACUGGAGGCCCGGGGCCCCAGGGAACAUGGGCGUGCUCAGGGCCGGCCUUUGCCCAGGCCUCACCCAGGACAUGGUCCAGCUUCUAAGGAGCCACGGAAUCAAAACAGUGGCGGACCUGGUUUCCGCAGACCUGGAGGAGGUAGCUCAGAAAUGUGGCUUGUCUUACAAGGCCCUGGUUGCCCUGAGGCGGGUGCUGCUGGCUCAGUUCUCAGCUUUCCCCUUCAAUGGCGCGGAUCUCUACGAGGAACUGAAGACCUCCACUGCCAUCCUGUCUACCGGCAUCGGAAGCCUGGACAAACUGCUCGAUGCUGGUCUCUACACUGGAGAGGUGACCGAAAUCGCAGGAGUCCCGGGUAGCGGCAAAACCCAGGUAUGUCUUUGUGUGGCUGCAAACGUGGCCCAUGGCCUGCAGCAGAACGUCCUGUACGUCGAUUCCAACGGAGGGCUGACUGCCUCCCGCAUCCUGCAGCUACUUCAGGCGAGAACCGCAGAUGAGGGAGAGCAGGCAGGAGCUCUCCAGAGAAUCCAGGUGGCGCGUGCCUUUGACGUCUUCCAGGUGUUGGACGUGCUGCAGGACCUCCGAGGUGCUGUAGCCCAGCAGGUGAGCGAUUCUGCAGGGACUGUGAAGGUGGUGAUUGUGGACUCGGUCACCGCUGUGGUGUCCCCACUCCUGGGAGGUCAGCAGAGGGAAGGCUUGGCCUUAAUGAUGCAGCUGGCCCGAGAGCUGAAGACGCUGGCCCGGGACCUCGGCGUGGCGGUGCUGGUGACCAACCACAUGACCCGCGACCGGGACAGCGGGAAGCUCAGGCCUGCGCUGGGCCGCUCCUGGAGCUUCGUGCCCAGCACCCGGGUGGUCCUGGCCAGCGGCGAAGGAGCGGGGGCACCAGGCAGCCAGCGCACCGUGUGUCUGACCAAAUCUCCCCGUCUGCCAACAGGUUUCCAGGAGACGGUGGACUUUGGGACCUGGGGGACCCUGGAGCGGAGUCCAGCAUGACAGGGAGAGCAGCUAGGACUGUGCUGCGGGUUGGCAGGGAGAGAGACCUCGAGGCCCCCAGCGGUCCCGUGCAGGAAUGUUCCUGUCCGCUGCUGCUGCUGCUGCGUGGGGACUGCCGGGGAGGCUCUCGGGCCAGGCAGAGGAGACACACCUCAGUUCCCUCAGCUCCUCUGUCCGUGGGAACACACGGAGCUACUGGCGAGAGAGGACGCCGUGGCGGGAAGACCCAGGAAUCCCUGCUGGAGCCAAGUUCUCUUCCCCCGUUUCUACCACGUAUGUUUCCGGUGGGAGCCCCAUGCACCCGGCCUGGGGACUCCCUGAAGGAGCGCACUGGUGACAGGACGGAUAACCCUGCACGUCACCAUCCCACCCGCCCUCCGUCCUGACGCGGGGCUGAACCACGAAGCGUGCCUUUGCUUCCCUCUCUCUCUUUUUUUUUUGCCUCCAUAAAAGGAGGCUCUCUUCCCCUUAGCUCUGUCUUUGAGUUCCUGAGUUGAAGUAACCUUGUAAAUGUAAAACUCUUCUCCCACCUAUGUCCUGCUCUUAAAAACGUCAGAAGGAAAUUCCCUGAGCCCCAGAUCCACCUAAUUUACCCCAGAAGGUUGUUUGUUGUUUUUUUUUUUCCAGUUUCCCCCAGUGGGGCCCCAGAGAACAGUUAUUUCUCUUUCCCUUGCUGAUUGGGUUUCACACACCUGCAUGCAUCACCAGGGCUGGGUGAGUCAGGGAGCUCCCUGCAGGCCCAGGGAGGUAAUCUAGAGGAGGGACGGUGUGACCUGCUCCUGGAAAAUCCAGCCGCUCAUUUAAUAUGCAUGGUGCCCUGUGGGGCCUCUCCCCGGGACAGAGUAACCAGAGGUGCUGAACCAUGGCUGUGCCCAUAAACAGACAGAGGAGGAUUUGCUCAGUAAAUAGAGCCAGCUGGGAAAAUUGAUGCUGGCAUAAAUAAUACAUGGCAAAUCUAGUCUUCAUGCAGAAAUGCGUUGCCGGUGGCUCCGAGAGGCGAUGUAAUUACCCUUUUCUUCCUGCCAGCUGCACCACAGCCUCGUGCCCAGUGGAUGCAACGACCCCCUUGUCUGUUAGCAGGACUGUGGCCAUCCGUCUGCGAGCUGUAAGCCCGGCUGGGAGGAGAGGAGGACACCAGGGAAGGGAAAAGAAAAGGCCACGCAGAGAAAUGAUCGGGCUUACUGAACACAUUUGUUUUUUUUAAAGGAAGGUUGCCUGUCUCGGUUGGAGAGCCUGUUGUGUAAUUAAUUAGUUGUGUGUUGGCCGCAGGAAAGGGGGGAGGCAGAGGCAUAGAUGGAUGAUAUGACAUUUAAAGGUGGUACACGCAGCAGGGCUAGAGGUAAGAAGCGUGGAGCUUUGGAAGUGCACGGCGCACUGGCGCGAGGGCGUCUGCCUGGGUGGGGGCGGGAUCGGGGAGCCUGGGGGUGCUGCUACCCCCAGGGAACACCCCGGCGGAAAUUAACCUUCAGUAUCCUCACGCUGUGAGCGGUGGCAUGUUGGCACAUCUCCGCAACCAUGGCAGCGAACUGUUGUACGUUAAGCUGGGAAGGGCAUAUCCCUGUGCCUCUUACCAUUUGGCAGCCUGAGCCCAUGAAGACCCCGCCAGCCAAUCAAGCGCUCUUUUUUUGUGGAGCUCGAAGUCUUCUGUAAUCUUUCUCCACGCGGCACUCCAGUCAGUCGGGCUUGGCAUCCAGCGUGGAGCUGGUGGCCGUCUCUGGCCUGCGGAGGGCUCUGCCGAGGUUCCAGGUGCUGCGUCCCUGACUGAGGACCUAGCACAGUGCGAUUUGAGAGGCCUGUGAAGAUCCUCUGGCCCAUCUUGCCAUUUACAGAGAAGGGGACUGAAGCCCUGGUCUGGCUGGGGAGCUCAGUUGGUGAGAGCAUCGUCCCAAUACACUAAGGUUGUGUGCGCCAUCUCCGGGCAGGGCACAUAUAAGAAAGAACCAGUGAGUGCGUGAAUGAGUGAAACGACACAUUGACAUUUCUUGCUCUCUCUUCCCCUUCUCUGUCUCUACAAAAUCAAUGAGAAAAGAAAAGGAGCUGAGGCCCCAAGAGGAGGAAUUGCAGUCCCGGUGGCAGAACCAGGCUGGGACCCAGAACUCCUGAUUCCUAGGCCAGGGCUCUCUGUCCCACGUUGCCUUUAACUUCCUAUCUGCACGGCUCUGUUCCCACUGGGGCACUUCCUCCAGCUGAAUGUGCCACAGCCCUCAUCUAAGUGGCUUCUCUGGCCAUGGGAAGGCCCCCCCAUCACUGCUCUGCCAGACCACCCAGUGACAUGCCUGCAGGACCUGGCCCCUCACACUUGCUUCCUCCUGGGGCCUUGUUCUUAGACCAGGGCGUUAGCGCCCAGCGUGCCGCCACCGCACGCUGCUCUGGUCACGCCACUCUGGACGGUUCCCCAGGCCGGCUCUUCUACCCCAGUGGCCUCGACUCCCUUAGGCGCUGCCUCUGUCCACCCCCACUGCCCAUUGCAGCUGGUGCACCCACCCUCACCUCCUCCCUUUUUUAUGCCUCAACGGCGGUCCAGAUGAUUCAGGAUCUUGGCAUGAAAGAUCCAGGUUCAAAACCCUUCUGGGCCCUUUCUGGCCGAGCCAAUUAAGGUAAUGUCUGUCUUAGUGGUUAAAAUCUAUGUUGCAGGGGAAUUACAUUUUCCUUAUUGGUAAAACAUGUCUCAGGGAAAUUCAACAGAUGAUUAAUGUAAAGCACCUUUCACAGGCACAUAGUAGGUGCUUGGUCACUGGUGAUUCUUCUGGCUCUUUGCCAGAACAAACAAAUAUCAGGGCACCAGGACUUCUAAGCCAUGCUGCUGCUAAUAAAAGAGAGAAUGUGAUUUAUUUUUUUCACUACUGCUUGGGGGAAGGCACGGGCUUCAUAAAUAUGUAUUGGAAAGUACUUAGCAAAUGAGGAGAAAUAAUAAAAAUAUGUCCCAGAAAA